AUGACCAUUACGGACUUCACCGUGCGCAAAAAGAGCUACCGCUAUCUCACCACCCAGGCGAGCUACCCAAACCAUGAUUCCAAGGCGGUCCUCGAUGCCUUUGAUCCCACCAAGGACCUUCAGAUGCAAGAUCUAAACAGCCUUGUCGAAAAGGGUGUUCCACAGCUGGAGGCAUGGUUGAUAAACGAGGAGCUCGAGCAGGAUCACUCCAAGUUGUUUGUGAUGGAGGAUAUCACUGACGAAGAUCCUGAGACGGCUUACGACCUACUGGUUACACACAAGCGAAUGCCCAUUCCCAAGGAGUUCUUGGAUAUCGCUUGGGACGGAUCGUCGGCACGCAAAGUCUUGCGAUUGGUGAUUGACAGAAUCAAGAUUCUCGCCAACAGCGAGGAGCCUGAAAAAAAUUCCAAAGUGCAUGAAAAGUUCCGGCAUUUUGUGGACCAUUGGCGCGUGGCAAACACGGUCAUCGGGAGAGAUCAGCUUUUGAAGAACGUCGGAGAACCUGCUGUUCUCACUGCAACAUCUGCCCGACGUUGGGUUUCCGGAGUAAUCAAUUCGGAUUUUGCCAGAUUGGACUCGGAGGACUCAAUUGGAGAUUCCCCCGACAAGACCUACGAACUGCUCACCAAGACCUUGGCAGCCGUGGAGGAGAGUAAUAAGACGACCAAGACCUCCGUGGAAUCGCUUUCGGAGGUAGUGGUAGCGGGCAUCCAUGGACAAGCAUCGGACAAGGCGCCCCCAAAUACAGUGGAAAAGAAGUGGUGUUGGGAUAUGACGAAAUAUGAGUUUUUACGUUCCAAACGAAACUAUUCAAGUACGAGGUUUUCGACACGUGCGAUCGGAAUUUGA